AUGGUUCUAGAAAACCAAGAAAACCAUGAAGUUAUAGUUUUAUCUCAGGAAGAUCAUUCUUUACCUCUCAAUCCUAAUUAUGGUUGGAUGCUUGAUUUCAAAAACAUCAAAAGGCUGCCAGGACCAAGGUUCUCUGAUGGUACCAUCAACUGGCAAUGUCCAUGUAUGGCUGGAGGCUCAUUAGUUGCUCAUAGAUGCGGUCAUCAAUUUCGCCAGCUUUAUAUAUGCAUGUCUGAAAACGAUCAUGAUGAUGUGACAGUGAAAUGUCCUGAUCAGUUUAUAAAUUGGUCUGCAUGUAUGCAGAAUGUUAGUGGUUCGAUUUAUGACGAUGGAAGAAUUAAUAUUGAAUGCCCGUGUUUGCACUCGCCAUUAGCUCAUCGCUGUGGUCAUUUGCUCCGAGAAGCCGUACAAUGUACUAACUCUUCAAAAACCAAUCCUAGAGGAACUGAUUGUGUUGACCACUUUAUAGAAUAUGAUUUAUGUUUGAGAUCUUUCGAUAAGUAA